AUGGUUGCCAGUAAAGUCAAUUCAAAUUGGUUAAGAUUAUUUAGAUUAUCAUUACCAAACUGUAGAAAUAAGUCUUUACCAUCAUCACAAUAUGUUCAACAUUCUAAUUUCUUUUGGGGGCCUAGAAAUCCUUUUGAUGAUAUGGAUAGAGAAUUAAAACGCUUUGAAGAUCAAUUUAGAAGAUGGAAUAGAGAACUACUGAAUUCUUGGGAAAAUCAUUCCAAAUCAAGCUCCUUACCUACCCAAAAUCAGGAUAAAAAAGGCAUAUCUUUAUUUAAUAGUUCAGUUGGUAAUAAAUCACUUGAGAGUGAACAAACUUAUGUUGAUAAAGAUGGAAAUAAAAAUCUGAAGCUCUCAUUUGAUGUAGCUAAUUUUAAACCAGAAGACAUCAAAGUUAAAAUUGAUAAUAAAUGUAUUUCAAUAACUGCUAAAAAUCAUAUUAAAUCCGAAAAAGGAACUAUAUACAGAGAGUUUUAUAGAGAAUAUUUACUUCCAGAAGAUGUAGAUAAUGACAAUAUAAAAUCCCAUUUAUCACCUAAUGGAACCCUAAUGCUUGAAGUACCCUAUAAGCAUCAAUUGAAAUCAGGUAAAGGAGAACAUGUUGAAAUACCUAUAGAAAAAAAAGAUAAUCAGUCCAAAAUAUAA